AUGGACGCUUCCGACGACGAUGAGCCAAUUGACUUUUCGCAACUUACAAAACGCGCUCCAAGACGUAGCACCAAACAUGUCAACGUCGCUGACCAAGAUCCGGGCACAAACGCCGUUGAGCAAUCGCGUGCUGCCUUGAUGGAAGUGAUCAGUGAAACGAAACGCGUCAAUCCUCGAACUACAAGCAGGGCGCAAUUCGAUCGUGACACUGGGUUAACUACCGUGAUUCAAAGUAAAGGCACGCACCUGCAUACCGUAGGACACACCUCCAAAGGUCAAUUACGACUGUGGCCCGAAGAAGCGGCUUGGUUGAUUAGCCGCCACGCUCUCAUUGUGACCGACACCAAUGAUCAGGCCUGCUCGUUCGAAGACUAUUGUCAGCUUAUGUUCAGCACCGUAGACGGCUGGCUGAGCUAUGAAAAAUACCAAGUAUAUGCCUAUUUGAAACGAUUAGGUUACAUUGUUCAGAGGACACGCGCCUACGAGGAGUCCUUUGUUCAACAAGAGCUUCCUAUCCCAUGGCAUCGUCGGAUAUGUCAUUUGGUCCAUCGCUUGUAUGCAUGGUUCUCUCGUUGUCUUAUCUGCUGUUGGCCUUUUCCGACCAUGCCAUUGGUGGUAGACAAGCAAUGCACCAAUUAUCGGCAAGUUUACUCGACACUACGCGUUAUCCCAUCGACUCCGUGGUAUAAACCAUUUGCGCCUGUCAACCAGUAUCAAAUCGCUUGGGACGUCUACAGGCCCAAUCCGCAAUGGAAGAAGCGUGAUCCAGGAAUUCCGGAUUUUCGCGUCGUCGUCGGCAGUUUAUAUGAUCCUGUUCCUUCCUUGGAAACAUACCAGCAAUUGAUGCACCACCUUACGCAACUGCCUAUGCCAAAAUCGUCGUUCCGCAUCGCCAACACUCAAUCAUCGGAACACGCCCCUUCGUUUUUAAUGGCUCUUGUAGGUGAUACAGAGGGAAUCACCUUUCUACGCUUCACAGGCGACGGUGUAGCCGACAUUGCUGCCGACAUCUAA